AUGGGCUGGUCGUCUUUCAACCGGGCUUUGGAUCAAUUCUCAAACACACAAAUAAGUCAUCUGACGAUUGGUAUUACUACCAAGACUGUCGAUACUGUCGUCGCGGCUCUCGGGGCUGGUCCCAGUGUUGCUCUGAGCGAGGCUCCAGAUUCAUCGAAUGACAACGCCGAGCGUAGUCUCGGCGUUGCUACCAUUCGAGGAAGCUAUGACGAUCAUCGCAUAGAACCAUUGACGAGCGGCAACGACGAUCUGCUAUGUUAUCCCGAGCGGGAGUACUGGAGCCACGAUUCCACACUCUUGCCAGGUGUCGAGAACGGCAUAAACUGGGACUUAUAUCUUGAACAUCCUCAGAGUUACGAUGGAUAUCAUGACACUGUCGAAUUCCCUGCCCAGCUUGGGAGUUCAGGUACAGCAUAUCAUAAGCAAGUCAACUCUUGGACGAGUUCAGAGCCCCGUGUUACCGUACCUACCACCUCACCUCCCACCUUGCAAGAAGAGUGUAAUUUACCUUCUGAAGCUUCUGAAUACUCUACUAUCGAUCCAUCUGUUUUAUCGCUUCAACCUCAACAAUCUCCUCCGUCACCUCACCUUCUCUCUCCAAACAGCAAAUCUCCGAACUCCUGCUCAUCGGCAAAUAUUUCAAGAAUGACGAGAACAUCGCAAUCAACAAGGCCAAGCCCUGCUCCCAAAACGUUCCAGCUUUGUUGCGACAUCUGCGGGAGACUGCUCGACUGCAUUGACUCCCACUGGCUAAUGCACAGAAGUUCUCAUCUUAUUUCAGACCAUGAUGUCUCAAACCCGUUCCAUUGCGGCAGGAAAACCUGUCUGGUCGGAAGGACAAGCAUUGCGACCAUUUGCGGAAGAACGAUUGUAGCGGCCGCGGUCACUAUGAGUGUAGCUGUGGCCGCCACAAAACUCACGAUCGUCACGCGCACGAAAUUCACAUUGGAAAUUGCGGGAGACACAAAAGAGGAAGACCAAAGAAGCAGACAGCAAGUAGUAGAGUAG